UUAUGCAUUCCCGGUUAAUGAACCGCUACAUUCAACAGUGGCGGCGGCUUCCAAACUGUCAGGUAUCAAAGAGGGGUGUACUCUUUCAUGCCAAAGACAUUAUCUGACUUCAUUCGGUAUUUCUAUUUUAUUUGGAGAAAAACAAUGCUAUCCAAGGUGUAGCAAUUUGGAAUCUGUGUUCGAGCACAUCACUACGGGUCUGUAGACGUUGGGACCAAAUCAGAGAGAUGGAGGUGGGCUCAGUGGUACAGGAGGACAUUACUUUCCGAGGAGUAGGGUUUGCUGUGAAGAUAGAACUAGAAGAAGGAUUGCUAAUAGUCGAGAUAUCUGACGCAAUGACAGCUGACCAGUGGAGGGGAGAGUUUGAUCCAGCCUACAUCGAAGACCUCACUCGCAAAACAGGCAACUUCAAGCAAUUUCCUAUCUUCUGCAGCAUGUUGGAAUCUGCUGUUAGUAAUACUAGUGAGUCUGUUACCCUUGACCUCUUGACCUAUGCUGACCUGGAGCUCCUGCGGAACCGGAAAGCUGGGGUUGUUGGUCGUCCGCGUGCCCAACAGCAAUCUCCUAACCUCAGUGCCAAAAGAUACCUCAUCCUUAUCUACACUGUUGAAUUUGACAGGAUCCACUACCCCCUGCCUCUGCCCUACCAUGGCAAGCCUGACCCUGCUGCCCUGCAGAAGGAGAUCAGAGCCCUGAAGACUGAGCUAAACGCCCUUGCCAAACAUGCAGGUCACAAACCAGCAGAGACAGAGAUACGCCGGUUACGGGCAGAACUCACCUUGGUGAGAGAAGAAAAGGAGGCCCUGACCAAGGCUCUGGAGCGUCUACAGAUAGUGGGGGCUGGCGCCACCCCUGGAGGAGGGGCUCGGGGGCUCAGAGAGGUGGUCAGGAGUUUAGAGGACCAGCUCCUCAGAGAGCGGGCCAAGAGUCAGCGCUCUGCCACCAAGAGGGGCCAGGAGCAGCGCCUCCUACUUGAGCAGUUGGAGGAGCUAAGAGCAUCAGAGCGAGCUCUCCGGAUUCGCGUUAAGAGUUUGACCAAUGAGCUGGCGUUGCUUAGGCGAGGGUUAGUCAAUCUAAGCAUUAGGUUGACCCCUGCUCUCUCUGGGCGCAGUGCCUCACGGGGUGAUGGGGAGAUCAGGCGCUCACUGUCCCGGGAGCGCAGUUUGGGACGUGUUGUGGUCAGGGCUCGCUCAGGGUCCAGGGAGAGGACAGAAGAGAGGGGUCGAAGGUCAGAAGGCCGUAGGGCAGACUCCUCAGGGCCCCGCUCGCAUGUUUCCAGACCCUCACCUUCUCCCACAGGUUCGCGAGCACCACGCUUUGACCCCACUGCAUAUAUCCAGGACAGACAGCGCCGACUGAGAGAGGGGGAGCUCAAAAACCAGAGGAAGGUCCGGAGGGACAUGCUAGCAUCGCCUGUUGUGGAAAGGGGCCGAUCUCGGUCCAGGGAGGCAUAUCCCCAGCUAACCAGGGCAGGCAGUGGGAGCAGAGGGAGGAGUUUAUCAAUGGAGAGUAGGAGGAGCAGACAGUCCUCUGUGAAUUCAUUGGUGGAGUUGGAUGAGUUGACAAGCGGAGGAAGGAAGCAGACCUACAAUGGUCCAACCAUGCCCAGAGGAGGAAAUUUGACCAGGAAGCCCCAUUGCAGCACUCCCACACGCAGGAUACGAUCAGACAAAGAGGGCUCCAUAGAUGGGGCUGACCUGUCUGAGAUCGAUGCCCGGUUGCAGGCCCUACAGGACUACAUGAGGGACCUGGACACGGGACACUAAAGCCAUCAAUUCUGCACACUCCCAAUCCGGACAAUAAGUUCUGACUUGUGUUUCCUGUGCUGCAAACUGAGACCAAGGACUACAAUUGGAGUCGACACUGUGACUAAACAAGACCACUGCACUACACCUAUGAUAUUUUUACACACAAGCAGACAUUAUCAACCGAUAGGCUUAUGCAAGUGCAAACACGGAUGCACGCACAGCUUAUUCUGUCGUCCUACGGCAGACAGUGCCUGUCUGUGGAUGAAGAUGCCACUGUGAAGGCUGUUAAGCCACAGUUUGUUGAACUUGAACUGAGUGACUGAUUUUUAUACUAUGGUUUUAUAACUCAUGCAUUGUGUAUGUUGUGACAGUAAUACCCCAUUUCCCUUUUUAUAAAACAAGUGAUUGAUGACUGCAAA